CAGGUGGUGAUUUGCAUUCAGUGGUGACAAAAUGAGGUCAGCAAUAUUCUUCCUGCUUGUGAUGACAGCGUCGGCCUCUCCAUAUCGCGAGGAUAAAGAAACUCAGAUAGACAACUUCUUGAAGGCUGCAUCGUAUUUAAACCUGAGUUCAGAGGACAAUGAUUGGAAGAGUGGGCUCCUUCUCAACAGGAUUUGGAAUGCGUUGCAAAAGGACCUGGAUGAUCAGUACGAUCCCAGUAUCGGUGGAUUUGAUGUGUCAAAUAUUGAAAUAAAGGACCCCAACGCAAAAAGAUUUUCAAACGAUAUCAAGCAAAAAGAGAAUAACUAUAAGCUCCCGUACAUUACUCCGCAGCGGAAAUGGAAUAUUAAAAAGGGAAAAGGAAUACCAACCAUGUGUUACUUCAAGCUAUGCUCGUUCAAGACAUUAAAAUUUAAUUAAAGUCUUAGUUAGUAUAUAGUUGUCGUAAACAAUUACGUAGGCAC